AAGCUGAAACUUUAGUCUGACGCAAAAAGUUCAGUAUAUAAACCAUGGUGUUUUAUCCCUAUUCAUUUUUAGGGUUUAGUUCUCCUUUAAAAGCCCCAUGUUACAUAACAAGGGAGCAGCAGCUGAAGAAAAAGCAAAGCUCUGUGUAUAUUUUCAGUCAGGAAACAGCUCAAGCACAAAGGGCUUUCAGAUUAAGGAAGGAUAAGGCUUCUCCGGAACCUAAAUCCACCUUACUUUCUACCUGAAAUAGCAACGUUGGCCUCACAUCUCCUAAUUCCUUCUGGCUGCCAUGGUAACCAAGCCACUCUCCCAGACCCCUCCUAGAAUAAGCCCAUUCGCUUUCCAGCCUGGGGAAGGGGGGAGCAGUGUGAUGGAGACUGCUUGUGCUCUCAGACAACCUCCUCUCUCCCAUUCACACUGAAUACUCCCUUAUUUUUCUAGAAUGGAUGGCUGUGCUAAUGGCAAAACAGCCGCCUUAGUAGAAAUAAUGAUGAGCAGCACAUGAACGCUCUGCAGCAGCUCCAGCUUCUUUCCUAUGGGGUCACCCCUGGGCACCACCUGAGCAUCUCAGGCCUAAAGGGGGAACCAGGGAAACCAGACGUCUGGGCAUCUUCUGAGAAGGCUCAAGUGUUUAAUGCAGACUUGUCAUUGUCAAGGAAGCUAAAGUGACAUUGCCGUUAAUCCUGCAGCUGUACCACGUGAGCCAGGCUGUAACUUAUUUGCCUGCUGAGCCAUCGUCCACAUAAUCACUGGAUCCUUUGUUCAGGCUGGAUACCCUUUGCACCACAUAGAACUUUGGAUACAAAGAACUAGGUGUGAGGAAACCUCUGAAGGAUGAACCAGAUAAGGGGGAAAGUAAUUGUUGUGCUGAUCAAACAUCCAAGAGGAGCUGCUUCAACCCCAACGUGAGCACAUCUGUGCACUAUUAUUGUGCCGGACUGACAAACCAACUUCUACUGUUGAAUUGUAAACAAGAGAUAUUUUACACUGUAGAAAAUCCUAAAGGACUACAUCUUUCUGUUUCUUCUCAAACUGCUUUUUGAAAAAUCUGUGCUUUCUUGACUAACCAAGACCUGAUUAUAUAGGAUAUCGUUUAUUUGGGUUGAAAAAAAGACAAAAGUCCAUCAAGUUCAUCAUUUUGUCUAUGUGCCCGGUGCACGACCGCAGUCCAAAUGUUGACCAUGACAGCGAUGUACAUGAAUGGAGGGGGGGUGGGCAAUGCGAGGUAUGCCCGGUGGAACCGGCAGGAGAGCUUGGAGGACUACGUCCGAUCUGAGUGCUAUGAGAAGGACUCAGAAGGGAAGCAGUGCAAGCUCACGCCCUUAGAAAAGCUCACCCAAGACAUGUCACGUGAUGAAAAGACGGUCAAGGAACUGACCCUCGGAAAGAGAAUUGGCUUUUACCGAAUGCGUGGGGAAAUAGGGAGCGGCAAUUUCUCACAAGUGAAGCUUGGUAUUCACGUCCUGACUAAAGAAAAGGUUGCUAUAAAAAUCCUGGAUAAAACCAAGUUGGACCAAAAAACCCAGCGCCUGUUGUCCCGGGAGAUCUCCAGCAUGGAGAAGUUGCACCACCCCAACGUGAUCAGACUCUAUGAAGUCGUGGAGACCUUGUCUAAGCUGCACCUUGUGAUGGAGUAUGCGGCAGGUGGUGAGCUGUUUGCCAAAAUUAACACUGAUGGAAAAUUAUCGGAAUCAGAAAGUAAAGUCAUCUUCUCUCAGAUACUGUCUGCUGUCAAGCAUAUGCACGACAACCAAAUUAUCCACAGAGACCUGAAAGCUGAAAACGUGUUCUACACCAGUAACACCUGUGUAAAGGUGGGGGACUUUGGAUUCAGCACAAUAAGCAAAAAGAAUGAAACCCUAAACACCUUUUGUGGCUCUCCGCCAUACGCUGCUCCUGAGCUUUUUCGCGAUGAACACUACAUUGGUGUUUUUGUUGAUAUCUGGGCUUUGGGCAUUCUCCUGUACUUCAUGGUGACCGGCAGUAUGCCAUUCCGAGCAGAUACCGUGGCCAAACUGAAAAAGUGCAUUCUCGAUGGAACAUACACCAUUCCUCCUUAUGUGUCGGAACCGUGCCAGAAACUAAUUAAGGGGAUGCUACAGCCCAUCCCUUCAGACAGGUGUAGCGUCGAUUACAUCAUAAACAGCGAAUGGAUGAAUGGAAUACAAUACCCUAAACCAUUAGAACCCAUAAAACUUGAUCCAAAGCAUCUCUUUGAUGGAAACCCUCUCAAGGAUGAAGACUCAGAGGUGAAGAACAUUUUAGAUAACUUGGGCAUCACAGAAGAACAUGUUAUUAACAAUCGGGGGAAAGACUCCCGCAGCCCCAUAACUGGAAUAUACAGGAUUGUUCUUCACAGGGUCCAGAAGAAGAGGGCGGUGGAGAGUGUCCCCAUCAUCACAAACCCAGAACCAAAAGAAAAGUACAUGAAGAGGCCUCACAGGACACAGCGGGAAAUAAGGCAUACUUCUAAAUUUUGUACAAUUUUAUAAACUGUGUUGCUUUGUGUAAUAAUUGGGCACUUUUUAACUUUUUAUAUUUUACUUGAUGCCUUUUAUGAUAUUGACAGCUUGUUUUUUUGGGGUUUUUUUUUUCAAGGACUAAGUUACCACCAAAAAUUUUUGUUUAUAAAAAAUUUGGUGGAAGGUGAAGUCCAUCAGUGAAUUUGGUGUGCCAAGUAAUAGCAUUUGUAUACAGUCACUAAGUACAAAUUGGUAGGUGUGAACAUUGUCUGGGGAAAAGUCAAGUUUAUUGACUGAUACAGUUUAGAGCUUUUCAGAAGCCAUUGGUGUCUUUCAAUGAAGCUCUGUUACCAUAUUUACCCAGCAACACAAUCACUUAGACACAAAAUAAUCACGCAGUGUACCUUACACUUCUUCUGCACCAUUUAGUCACAAUCUUUUGUAACUCUGAGCAGUUAGUAUCCAGCCUCAGCAAUAAGAGUCAGUAGAUGUUUCUCCAGUAGAGUAAAUGCCUUGAAGACCAACUUAUUUCAGGUGCAUUGCCACGAUACAGGUUACAGCGUUAUAUUGUGCAGCAAGUGUUAAACCAAAAGCAGUGGUUGACCUAUAAUUUUGGGCAAGGUUGCAGGGGAGCUGUAGCUCACUAUAGCUGACACUUGUAGUUAACAGUAGCUGGAGAAAUGAUGCACCAGUAAUGCAAGAACAUUAUAUGAGCUGACAAGUUCCUAGGCUCCAUGAUGACCAUUUUGUAUACAUGAAAGCCAAGAAAUACAAAAUAGCAGGGCAGUAUGUUGUGGGUCAUGGACUAAGAUACAAAUGUUUGACCCUGGGCCCCCAGGCUUUCUGCUGUAAAGACACAUGCCCUAUAUCCCAAGCAGUUUAUUUUUGCUAUUGAGCUAAAACAAUGCCCUAUAUUUAACCAAAGUGAUUUACAGGUAAGUGUGAAAGUGCCUUUCCAGAGGGAAUAAGUGUGUAUAGCAGGGGUGGGAAACUUGCUGAUCUUCAGCCAAUGUGAACUACAGCUCAGAGCAGCCUUGGCCUGAUGGGAAAUCUGCAAGAGAGUGUAACUAACAUAUAGAAGAAGGUUUAGACCAAAUGAUAUUGAAGUUCAUCUAAGACAGAUAUUCCAUUGCAGCGGAAGGGGAAGUCCAAUGGGAUAGUGUAGACUUUGGUCUAUCAAGAAAUUAGAAGUUCAUUGAGCACUAAUGACCCUUCCAGCUGACCCAUAGACAUCAAUAUCUUUAUCUUUAUAUAAAUAUUAAUAUCUUAUAAGUGCAACCACACUCAUGUUACUUGGGGGCAUGUCUCUGCAAUGAUAACAGAGCAUUUUGAGGAUUUCAAGCUCAAACCUCACACCUUGGGUCCCACUGCUCUAUUGUGCAGAGGAGAGAAAUAGUAGAAAUAAGAUGGAAGAAUAGCAAAUGGGAAGAAAAACUAGAAGAAUGAAGGAAAGUGUAGAAACAAAAGGUGAUAGAAAUAGGAAUAUGAAUGCCAAGGGUUUGGGGUGAUACUUGGGAUACUGUCAUGGGAAAACAUGUUUUUUCAAAACGCAUCAGUGC